CUGAUUUGUGAAGAUUGUCUGUGAUCCAGUCACUGAACAUUACCCAUUUGUUCAGGAAAGGAAAAUGGCUUCUCAUCUUGUGGUUGCUGUAUUUGCCUUGAUGAGCUCCUUUCUCACCACCGCAGGUCUCGAGUCUAGCUCCCAUUGUGAGUUGGUUCCUGUCAACACCUCUCAUCCAGUGCAGGCCUUGAUGGAGAGCUUCACUGUCUUGUCAGGUUGUGCCAGCAGAGGUACAACGGCUCUGCCACAGGAAGUGCAUAUCCUGAACCUUCGUGGUGCUGACCAGGAGCCCGGGCAGCUGCAGAGAGAGGUCACUCUACAUCUGAAUCCCAUCUCUUCAGUUCAUAUUCAUCACAAGUCUGUUGUGUUCCUGCUCAACUCCCCAUAUCCUUUGGUCUGGCAUCUGAUGAUUGAGAGACUUGCACUUGGUGUUUCUAGGCUUUUCUUGGUAUCGGAGGGGUCAGAAGUCCAGUUUUCAUCAGGAAAUUUCUCCCUGUCAGCGAAAACUGAAGAAAGGAGUUUCCCCCAGGACAACGAGCAUCUCUUAAACUGGGCUCGAAAGGAAUAUGGAGCAGUCACUUCAUUCACUGAACUUAAGAUUGCGAGAAAUAUUUACAUUAAAGUGGGGGAAGAUCAAGUGUUCCCUCCUACAUGCAACAUUGGAAAAAACUUUCUCUCACUCAAUUACCUGGCCGAGUACCUGCAGCCCAAAGCAGCAGAAGGGUGUGUGAUGUCCAACCAGCCCCAGGAUAAGGAAGUGCACAUCAUUGAGUUAAUCAGUCCCAACUCGAACCCCUACAGCGCUUUCCAGGUGGAUAUAAUAAUUGAUAUAAGGCCUUCUCGAAAGGAUCCUGAGGUAGUCAAAAACCUUGUCCUAAUCUUGAAGUGCAAAAAGUCUGUAAACUGGGUCAUCAAAUCCUUCGAUGUGAAGGGGAGCCUAAAAGUUAUUGCUCCCAACAGUAUUGGCUUUGGGAAAGAGAGUGAAAGAUCCAUGAUAAUGACCAAAUCCAUAAGAGAUGACAUUCCUUCAGCUCAGGAGAAUCUGGUCAAGUGGGCUUUGUACAAUGGCUAUAGUCCAAUAACAUCAUACACACUGGCUCCUGUGGCUAAUAGAUUUCAUCUUCGGGUUGAAAAUAAUGAGGAGAUGAGAGAUGAGGAAGUUCAUACUAUCCCUCCUGAAUUACGGAUCCUGCUUGGCCCUGGCCCACUGCCUGCCUUGGAGAACCCACCUGUCCGGGGAGGAGGAAGCCGAAAUGGAGGUUUCCCCUUUCCUUUCCCUGACAUUGCCAGGAGAGACCAAAAGGAAGGGGAAGAAGAUGGCAUCCACCAGCCAAAUGACCCCAUUCUUCCCAGUAUACAACUGUUUCCUGGUCCCCAAGAGCCUGAAGAGGUUCAGGGAAGCAUGGAUAUUGCCUUGUCUGUCAGAUGUGACAAUGAAAAAAUGAUUGUGGCUGUUGAAAAAGAUUCCUUUCAGGCCAAUAGCUACUCCGACAUUGAGCUCACCCUGUCAGAUCCUACAUGCAAGGCCCGGAUGAAUGGCACCCAUUUUAUCCUGGAAUCUCCUCUGAAUGGCUGUGGGACUCGACACCGGCCUGCUGCCCCUGGUGGUGUGGUUUACUAUAACUCUAUUGUGGUACAGGUUCCAUCCACAGGAGAGAGCAGUGGUUGGCCAGAUGGUUAUGAAGAUUUGGAAUCAGGUGAUAAUGGAUUUCCAGGAGAUUUGGAUGAAGGAGAUACUCCCUUCUUAAGCCGUCCAGAAAUGGUGGUGUUUAAUUGCAGCCUGCAGAAGGUGGUAAGUCCCAGUAGCUUCCAGGACCUUCCCAACAGAAACAUAACCUUCAAUAUGGAGCUGUACAAUACUGAUCUUUUCUUAGUACCAUCCCAGGGGGUGUUCUCCGUGGCAGAAAAUGGACACAUCUAUGUGGAGGUGUCUAUGACUAAAGCCGACCAAGAACUUGGAUUUGCCAUACAGACAUGCUUUAUCUCACCAUAUUCUAACCCUGAUAGGAUGUCAGAUUACACCAUCAUUGAGAACAUUUGUCCUAAAGAUGAAUCUGUGAAAUUCUAUAAUCCCAGGAGAGUACACUUUGCUAUUCCGCAAGCUGAGGUGGAUAAGAAGCGAUUCAGCUUUGUAUUUAAGCCUGUCUUCAACACCUCACUGCUCUUUCUUCAGUGUGAGCUUACAUUGUGUACCAAGAAAGAAAAGGACCCCCAGAAGUUGCCUAAGUGCGUGCCUCCUGAUGAAGCCUGCACUGCGCUAGAUGCCUCCAUGAUCUGGGCCAUGAUGCAGAACAAGAAGACAUUCACCAAGCCCCUUGCUGUGAUCCACCACAAAGUAGAAUAUAACGAAGAAAAUUCAAGCUUCAAGAAACAGAAUCCAGAUCCUCCACCAGUUUUCCAUGGCCUGGAUACCCUGACUGUGAUGGGCAUCGCAUUUGCAGCAUUUGUGAUUGGAGCACUUCUUACAGGGGCCUUGUGGUACAUCUAUUCACACACAGGAGAGACAGCCAGGAGGCAGCAGGUACCCACUUCACCGCCAGCCUCUGAGAACAGCAGCGCAGCACAUAGCAUUGGCAGCACGCAGAGCACACCCUGUUCCAGUAGCAGCACAGCUUAGCCUGUUGGCCGUGGCCGAAGGCAGGACCUCCCGGCCACAACCAGAGUGUUUAUUCAGACUUGGAAGACUUGAUUGUGGUUACCUGUAAAGAGAGAAUGAAUUUCAAUAUAAAGAUCACCUGUAUUAUUCACACACACACACACACACACACACACACACACACACCACACACCACACCACACCACACCACACCACACCACACUCCAGGGCUAUUAUGUAGGUGGCCCUAGACAUAACUAACACACUAGGAUUUGUGUGAAAAAGCUAGGGUGGUGGCCUUCUCCACCAGCCCCUCCUGGUUUUGGGGGUUUUCAAUGUGAAACACAUGCCAGUUUUUUAAAUGCUGCUUUGUCCGGAUAAGAACAUCCAUGAUUUGGGAUCCUGAGUUUUACCUAGACUCAAGAAAUUGGUAAAAGGAUAAGAGCCAGAUAGAACCAGUGAGAUGUGGCCAAAGAUUCUUUUCUAACUGAACCAAGAUGUAAAAGCAAAAGAUGUGUUCUGAAUCUCUCUAAAGUUUCUCCUUGUGGAAUUUGCACGUUUGUCAGGAUGCAUGCUUCACAUCCGCUCCACACCCUUGGUGUGUGUUUGUGUGUAUGUGGGGUGGGGUGGGUAAUGCAGGACUUGAUGGGUCCUACCCUCAGGACUGAAUCCUGACACACUUCUAAGCAACAUUCCUUUCUUGUUCCUUGGGUCACAACCAUGCUAGUGACCCUAUCCACUUCCUUCUCUCCCUCCUCCCCAAAUGGCACGCAGCCUGCAAAACUGUCUUAAUGCAAAUUUCUUUCUUAUCCAUUUAGAUGUGGAAAUAGCCAGAAACUGGGGCUACAGACUUGAGCUCCUUUAUGACAGUCUGUCCUGCUAAUCUGGCAUGUCAGUUGAGACAGAUUUCAUUUGUAAAAAUGAAGAGGCAUUUGUACAGGACUCUAUGUACUCAAGUACAAAGUUUAUAAACUGUCAUCUGGCAUAUUCAUUUUUUCUCAGAUAAAGAAGGGGGAAAAGGCCCCUUGGAAAAUGCCCUGUACCUCCAGAGCUGGAAUUUAAAAUUCUUACAUAUAUUUGGUAGAUAUUUAUGUUUUGAUUCAAAAUAGGUCAACCUUUUUAAACAGACUCUUGAGAAAAGAAAGCUCUGUGAGAUACAAAUGCCUGGCAGACUAUGUUCAGUUCCAGUUGGUUAUCUGGACAGUAUCCCCAGUUCUGCCAAGAAAAUAUUGGGAUAAAGAAUGGGUCACUCCUUUGGGUUGCUUUAGUUCUCUUGCCUUAAAUACAUCCCAAACUCAAGAAAGCUUUGAGGUAAAUUUCAUGAAAUGGAAUCAUAUGAUGCCGCUUUACAAACAAAAUAAGCUCAGCUGAUACUUACAUGUUAAAAAAAAAUAAUAAUACCAGCAGAAGAUACCAGUGCCAAGUCAAUUUACUACUGAGGACUGCUUCCUUGCCAAUAAAUAUAAAUUUUCCACAAUUCCCCCAAACAACUCAGAAUUUUGUGGGACUAGAAUGUAUUCAGAAUAUUUAUAUACAAGUCCCAUUGACCUUAUAGUUAAGUUGCACCUGAUUCUUUGUAAAGGAAAUGUGAAAUAGGAGAUGAUGAUGACAGACAUAGGAACAUGAUAGAUGGAGACUGACUGUUCAUGUAACCACUCAGUGGUAUUCUAACUGAUGGGAUUCUUCAGAUAUUUCUAAGGAUAUCAUUUUAACCAAAACAGAUUACUUUGAGGGCUAAGAUUUCCAGAUAUCUACACUGAUAUAAAGAAAAACUUACAGAUUCCCACGUACAAAGGAAGAUGUGAGAUUGAAGAGUGUUUUCCCCUCAGUUAAUUUUUUCUAACAUAAGGUAUCAGAGUAGAGAACCUAGAUCACGCUACCUGUGUUUGAAAGAUAAUGCGCUUUGCCUAACCUUCAGCAGAAUGUAUUGUUUUAGUAUAUUCUAUGUAAAAAUAUUUAAAGAUGUCUUCAGAGAAGACUAGAGUCUUUAAGUCACUUAUAGCUAUAUUUUACUACCAAAAGAAUCAUGUAUAAAGGUAUAUUUAAGUGUCUUAGAUAAAUUUAAGUUACUCCAUGUUUAAUUUCAGUUACUGUGAAUUCUUUUGAUCAGUUCUUUGUCUUUUAAAAAGCCCUUUCCAUCUUGCUACAAAGAAUAUUAGCUCUUAAGAGGUAUUAAAGAUCCAAUGCCAAGAUGGACAGGGUUAAAAAUUUUUUGUAAUAUAUUUAAAUGUAUAUUUUUGAAAGAGAUACUACAUUGCCAAUGAUUUUAUAAAUAAAUUAAAAUUUACAGAUUUAUGGAGACAAACCAAAAAAAAUUUUAAAGCAAAGAAAUAUCUUUUUUGCUGUUCUUGUCAGAAGUCAUUUAGAUCAAGAAAUCUGUGCUAAUGAAACCCAUAGAUGAUUGGAGUAUGAUUGUCAUUAAUUGUUGAAAUAUUUCUAAACACAGAACAUUUUUAAAGUGUUUUUUUUAUCUUCCUGUUACAGCAUUUCCAAUUGCUUCACACUUCACAGUUUUAAUACAAAGUACUAGCUCUAUUUUAUAACACAUUGUGCAAGAUUAAAAAAAAGUUGUUAUAUUCCAAUUAUGCUUUUCUGUUUGCAAAGUUGUUCCUUAUGUUUUUAGGCCACAGCCUUAAUUCUCAGAAGCCAUUUUGUUUUGUUUGCUUGAUAAAAUGCUAUUGUUGAAAUGCUCUGAACUGCAAGAUAGAUCAUCUGUACAAUAUCCUACAACUUUUCACCAUGUGGUGUUUAUCAGCUUUUACUCUGUACUUUAAUAGUCAGAGAAUUCUAAGCUAUUUCUGUAGCAUUUUCUAAACAACAACAGUGUCUUUUCCUUGUCUCCUAAGAUUGCUAACCCAUUCCCUGUGUGUGCUCUGUGGUGGGUAUGAUUGAGAGUGAGUAUGGGGGUGCAACCCACCCCAAUCUUUCUGUACUGUAACUACCUCAAGGUUUGAGUGAAGGUCGUACUGCUGGUUGUGUUCACAGAGCACAUUUUGUUGGAUAAUCUUGUGUGUUAUUUUUUUUUCCUGUUUGUUGUUUUCUUGGGGUUGUUCAUGACACUGACAGAUGUUUUUCUAAAAAGGAUUAUCAGUUUCCAGAUACAAUACUUCUCUCUUCUGGUUUUUCCUAAAUGAGCCUGAUUUUGUUGCUGUUUUCAUUAUAUAUGAGGGUAAAAAGAGUACCCUUAAAAUCCCUGUGGCCAGUUUGAACACCCUGGUGUACUUUUUUCUCUGUUCAAUGAGUCUGCAAUUUUGUGAACAUGCUUAGAUGUAUAGUUUUGAUAACCACAGUUUUAAAUCCUUUAUCUAUGCAUAAUAAAAAGAUAUAUCAAUUA